UUGAUUUUGGUGUCCGGCCCUGAAAAACAUAAGAAGAAGAAGAAGAUUUUGGUGCUUUCGUGAUUGUUGUUUUCUUUUGGCAUAUUUUGUUCUUCUGACGCUCCCGGAAGUGCCUUUGUGUAGCCCCAAAGUGCCUUAAAUACUUUGUGCAAUGUCUCUGCGUUUAAUUCGGAAUAGAGAGCUAAAUAGGGCGCAGAGACAGAGAGUUGUAGCACCAAAACGACGACCCGAGGGAAGGCUCGAGGAUAGAGGUACUGCCCCACAGGUUCGAAUAAAGCGCUACAAAUCGUUUCCGGAUGUCUCAAAGACGCGUCCAGGACGCGAUCGAUUAGUAAAGUCAAAAUCCGAGAGCUGCCUGACUAGUGACGAGGGCAGCCAAGUGGCAGAAAACACGAGAUCGCAUCAUCAGCUUUCCAAUGCGAAAUCGGAAGUUUGCUUGAAGACUAUCUCGGUGCAUAGCACCGCAUCGGCCCAUCAGUCAUCCAGGAGCUAUGUGAAGAAUACGAGAAAAGGUGGUGAGAGGAAUGAUUUGACUGGGAUGCAAUGCCGUGGUUUUGCUGACACGGCGGCCAUCCGGAUUCCCAUCAUUGGGUACGAAGUGAUGGAGGAAAGAGCUCGUUUCACGGUGUUUAAGCUACGCGUGGAGAAUCCCUUCACGAAUGAUUGCUGGCUCGUCCUUAGACGCUACACGGACUUUGAGCGUCUCAACAGCAAGCUGAAAUCUAUUUUUCCCAAAUUGAAUCUUGUGCUGCCACGCAAGAAGAUUUUUGGUGAUAAUUUCAACAGUGUCUUCCUGGAUAGUCGUGUCCAGGGACUUCAGCACUUUGUCAACACCAUAAUGGCAGAGGAGACACUACGGAAUUGUCAAUUUGUUAGAGAAUUCUUCUGUCUCGAUGAGCCACCAACAUAUUCCGAAAGUAUGGAGGAGUGUCGGGCAAUCUUUGAGGCUCAAGAGGAGACAAUUGCACACUUGAAGCUCCAACUGCGCAACAAGGACGCUCUCUUGGUGAACUUGGAGCAAAAGCUGAUGAUGGAAAUCAAUGAAGUCGAGAAGCUAAAAGCAUCUCUUCAAGCACUCCAGGAACACCUCAAAAUGUCUUCCAAAGAUGAAAAAAUUCCGCAUCAUUCUCGAAAUGAUUUCGUGAAUAACAACACGAGGUACUGAAAUUCCUAAACCUAUUUGAUCUGCGCAUCAUACCACUGAUGUAAGUCAUCAAAUCACAUGCUGUGUAUUUUUAUCAGCACUACUCAACAUAUUCGUGGGAAAGGUGAUAUAAAUUCAAAACUCAUCGUUUAUUAUUUAGAAGAGAGACAGAAGCAAACCUUUUUUUACACUACAUUUCGUGUAUUUUUCAACGAAAAAGUAUUUAUGCGAAAUCUCCAAGUGUGGCCUUUUCACACGAACUUUAUAGUUAAAUUGAAGAUGAAAAAAAAACUGAAUAUUUACAUGAUUGUUUACCAAAUAUUUUAUUGUAAAAAAAAAUAUUUUAACUGAGA